AUGAAGUCCUUAGAUGCAGGGGAAUUGUGAUUCUACCAGUUCCCCAAUCAGUCAGUCUCAUUUCCAUUCACUGUCAAUGUCUACAACUGAAGCUUUGCAUACAGAAAACGAAUGGAACCUCUCGGCAUGGACUUGGACGAUGUGGCGAGCCACCACCACCACGGGUUCGGACAGCAUAUGGCCACGUUCAGCGUGGAGACAUCCGCCGUUCACAGGAAGUUGCAGAGCAAGGUGGAGGCCCUGCGGAUCCUGCGACAGGAACUGGAGCAAUUCCGCGUAGAACGGGACCAGUACAAACUGGUGGCGGAGACCCUGCAGCUGCGCUACUCAGCUCUCAAGAGCAACAGCGAAAUGCUCGCCGUGGGCGGAUGCGGAGCCCUCAGCGAAAACUCCAGUCUGGCCGCUCUUCUCCACGAAACGCGCGAACAAAACCUGAAGCUGAGCACCGAGGUAGAGGCUCUCAGACAGCGGCUCAACGAGCUCCAGGGCGACAUGGAGCUCCUGCGCGAAACGGAGGCCAGCAACAAGGCCCGGGUGCAGGCGAUGGCCAACGAGAAUGCCGCCCGAAACAAGGAGGAGCUGCAAUGGCGCCGCGAGCGUGCCAAUUUUAUCUGCCACCUGGAAGGGCUCAAGAAGCGGAACGCUCAGCUGGCCUUUGAUCUCAAGGCGGUAAUCGACGAGAAGGAAGAGCUUAUCACAGAGCGGGAUGCAUACAAGUGCAAGGCCCAUCGCCUCAAUCAUGAACUCUUCGUUGCCCUCAGGGCCAAGAAAACGCAUCCGAGGCUUCUCGACAUCGAUGGGGUUUUGCUGGAGAACAAGUACCUGCACGAACGUGUGAAGAUCCAAGAAGGCGAACUAGAGUUGACCAAACAGAGUAUUUCCAAGUACAAGUCCAUUUUAGACGCAAAACGCAAAAAGGGCAUAGUAAAGCUUGGCGGAGGCAGCACAAAUGAUGAAACUAUACUAAGUCCUCGACAAGUGAAAACCAUCCUGGAGAGCGGCAUUGAUCUUCCCCAAAAAACCGAAAGCUUACACGACCUGAAGUCCUUGUGUCUGGCGCUACUGGACAACCUCAACGACAAGAAUCUGGCACUGACGCACCAGAAGAAGACCAACAAAAUACUGGCUGGCAAGAUGACGGAGCUGGAACAGCGCUGGCAACAGCUUCUCUCGGGAACUGAGGAGGACGCGGCCGCUGAUGAGGGCCAGGGAGAAGAGGAGGACUACGGCUAUGCACCCUCGCAGCUGCUCCUCAACGGUUACUGCGCCGCUAUGGUUGAUGACGCCGACAUCAGUGGCACUCCGUCCAUUGCCCCGGAUAACGAAGGUGGCACCCUCACCCCAAAUCCAGCGGAUUCUAACCAGCACAAGGUUGCGCCUGAAGCUCUGCACUCUGACGAUGGAAUGUCUUCGCUUUCCGCAGAGUCCGUUGACUCAUCCGUUUACGGAGUUGAUGUGCAACCGGAGGACUUCCAAAAGUCUUCGUCGGCCACCACGGAUUCGGGCAACUGUGGCUUCGGCAGCCGUUGCAACGGAACCCCGCGUAUUUCCAGCGCCGUCGCUCGGGAACGGAUGGAGGAUCUAAAGGAUCUACCCCCGCACCUGGCCACUCUGGUGCAGAAGGCCCUUCACGAGCUCGACAUGCGCGACUACGAGGCUAUGGUGACGAUUCGGGCCGAAAACGUAGCUGCUAUUCCGUAAAAGGGAAACUAUAAACUAGUUCAAUGUUCAUUAUGAUUUACAGAGAACCAGAUGGAGCCAUAUCGCAGUGUUGAGAAAAUAAUUACAUAUAUGUAUAUUACCGCAACGGCGUACAAUAAAAAACUAAUUGAAUAUAUUAUGGAAA